AUGGAGGUUACCUUUUUAAUAUUAUUGAUUUUUUUCAUAAAUUUGGGAUGUGUAUGUUCAGAAAUAAGUUUGCGGCUUGUAUUCAUAAUUGAGCGGCAUGAUGAAGAUUUGCCAGAACGGAUCGGUAACGGCAUCAAGCAAACGGAAAUCACAAAGGGAAUUACAAUCAGAGACGAUAUUAUAAAGCUUGACAGAGAAAAUGAAGACGAAGCUUAUGCUAAACUAUGUUCUUCUAUCUCCAUCGGCGUAUCGUCUAUUAUUGAUCUAUCCUGGUCUCCGUGGGAGAGGGCGACAGAUCUGGCCGAGGCAGCCGGUAUCCCGAUCAUCAGGACCUAUUUAGACUCCCAACAACUUGUCACUGCUAUGGAUAGCUAUUUGGAGUCCCGCAAUGCUACUGACGCUGCGAUUUUAUUGGAAAGUGAAGCUGAUGUAGACAGGACCCUGUACACACUGCUGGGUAAAUCAAACGUAAGGAUUUGGGUCCACGCGGGUCUGACCAAAGACUCGGCCAAGUCGCUGGCCAGCAUGAGACCAGAGCCAAGUUUCUACGUGAUCCUUGGGGAGCGUAGUUUUGUGUCUUCCACUUAUGGAAGGGCGGUGAAAGAGAAUCUGGUGAAACGAAAAUACCGCUGGAACCUGGUCGUUACAGGCUUCGACCCAGUGGACCCUGCUGAACUGGUGUUGCCUACUGUUAUGCUUAGAUUGGACCCAGAACAAUGCUGUGCGCUUCUCAGGUCUGAGAAGUGUAAGUGCCCGGCGAAUAUAGAGAAAAAGCAGCAGAUAUUGAAGAAUUUUAUCUUGUAUAUCACCGAAGCGUUCGUAAGACUGGACAUUGAUGAUACGCCCAAAGUAAACUGCAAUGACAUUCAAGCUGAUAACACUACGAGAGAUAUGCUGUACAAGCUGUUCGAAGAAGAGAGAGCUAAUAAUGCCAGCUUGUUUUACUGGGAGAAUUCAGAACUACAGCUUCGGUCCAACUUCAUCCUCACGGUAUACGAUCCUGAAGAAGGACUCCAGACAGUUGCCCAGUGGUCUGUCACUGAACCAUACAGGCUACUGCCGGGAAUAGAACUAGAACCACUGCGACACUUCUUUCGAAUUGGGACUUAUCCUGCCGUGCCAUGGACAAUGCAGAAGAUAGACUCGGAUUCACUACCGGUAUUUGAAAAUGGCCAGCCCGUUUACGAGGGAUAUUGCAUUGACUUGAUUGAGAAAAUGGCUGAAGAAAUGGGAUUCGAUUACGAAAUAGUAACACCGAAAAUUGGUGGGUUUGGCUCUCGACAACCAAACGGAACAUGGAAUGGUAUUGUUGGAGAUCUAACCACUGGGGAGACAGACAUAGCAGUAGCAGCCCUCACCAUGACAGCUGAGAGGGAAGAAGUGAUAGAUUUUGUCGCGCCGUUCUUUGAGCAAACUGGCAUUCUUAUUGCUAUCCGCAAGCCAAUACGAAAAACAUCGCUUUUCAAGUUCAUGACCGUCUUAAGGACAGAAGUGUGGCUGAGCAUCGUGGCAGCUCUACUGCUGACAGGAUUUAUGAUCUGGAUCCUGGAGAAGUACUCCCCCUACUCCGCCAGGAAUAAUCGGGACGCUUAUCCUUAUCCUUGCAGAGACUUCACUCUCAAAGAAAGUUUCUGGUUUGCGUUGACGUCGUUCACUCCUCAAGGUGGUGGAGAGGCUCCGAAGGCAUUAUCAGGCAGGACUCUGGUCGCCGCAUACUGGCUGUUCGUAGUGCUGAUGUUAGCAACAUUCACGGCUAAUUUGGCAGCCUUUUUGACCGUUGAGCGGAUGCAGACGCCCGUAUCUUCUCUGGAGCAGUUGGCGCGACAGUCUCGCAUCAACUACACUGUAGUUGCCUCGUCUACCGUCCAUCAAUACUUCAUCAACAUGAAGUUCGCUGAAGAUACUUUGUACAGGGUUUGGAAGGAGAUAACUCUAAACGCUACCACGGAUCAGGCGAAGUACCGGGUGUGGGACUAUCCGAUCAGGGAGCAAUAUGGACACAUCUUGUUGGCUAUUGAAGCUUCAGGACCAGUUGCUGACGCGAAGACGGGUUUUCAUCAAGUGAAUGAGCAUACAGAGGCGGACUUUGCAUUUAUACACGACGCUGCAGAAGUCAAGUACGAAAUAACACGGAACUGCAACUUAACAGAGGUGGGUGAGGUAUUUGCAGAGCAGCCUUACGCUAUUGCUGUACAGCAAGGGUCGAGGCUGCAGGAAGAUCUCUCCAGGACGCUGCUAGAUCUGCAAAAAGAGAGGUUUCUGGAGCAACUGUCUGCUAAAUAUUGGAACGAGACAGCACGACAAUCAUGUCCUGAUGCAGACGAGUCCGAAGGAAUUACGCUGGAAAGCUUGGGGGGAGUAUUUAUCGCAACGCUGUUCGGGCUAGGACUUGCAAUGAUUACUCUGGCUUGGGAAGUAUUCUAUUACAAGCGUAAAGAAAAAAAUAAAAUACGAAACAUAGAUGCAAAUAUCGAGAAAUUUGAAGCAUUCGCGAAACCAAAGAGGUCGAUACAAAAGAAAAUGGCGGAUGGCGUUGCCAAGCUGCGGAAUCGGAAGCGUGUCAAGACUGUCACUAUUGGUGACAGUUUCAAGCCGGCUGACAAGGGGAUUUCAUACUUAAGUGGUUUCCCGAAAGGCGAUUAUAUACCUUAGCUUCUUUUAGUUAGAACUGUGCCGUAGACUUAGGUUGCACUAUGGUUUUGUCCAGCAAAACUUAGAGUUGCUAACUGGGAGAA